AUGAGUUGUUGUGGCUCGUCAAGUUCGUGUAGUGUUGGCUCGUCCGGUAGAGUGCCAUGGAAACCGAUCUUGAAACCGAGGGAUAGUAAAGUGGUCGGUUUCGGAAAAUUUGCGGCGUCCGAGUACUCGAAAACGAUGGCUUCGAACAACGAAUAUCUCGAUUUUAAGUCGGUCACGCAAGGCGCGACCCGCCAGGUAGGAUCGAGGCUGUACGUGUGGAUCGAGAUAAGGGCCAGAGACCUCGGCCACGGUGGCUCGACCGACAGGUGGAGGAUGGAUUUGUACGAGGAGGGAGGGGAAAAGUAUCUAACCUCAGCCACAAAAAUCAAUAAUUAA